AUGCGCUCCCUCCCUGCAGGCAUCUACACGCCCUUGCCGUGUUUUUUCAAGGAUGAUGAGGACUUGGAUCUUGAGGCGUUCAAAAAACAUGUCCAGUUCAUUGCAGGCGCAGGCACAGUGCCCGUCAUCAGCGGCAGCAUGGGCGAAGCCGUCCAUCUUAGCCAUACCGAGCGCAUCCAGCUCAUAAAAGCAGCCCGCUCGGCGCUCGACGAGAUCCAACUAACCGCCAUGCCCAUCGUCGCCGGCGCCGGGGCCAACAGCACGCGCGAGUCGAUCGAACUGGCGCAGGAAGCGGCCCAGGCCGGCGCGGAUUUUGUCAUGGUCAUUCCGCCAGGAUAUUAUGCUGGUGCUCUGCUGGCGAACGAUUCGGCCGCUAUCAAGCAGUUUUUUGUUGAUAUUGCGGAGGCCUCGCCGGUGCCGGUCAUACUGUAUAACUUCCCUGCCGUCUCGAACGGUAUCGAUAUAAACAGCGAUCUGAUCGUCGAGGUCGUCAAGUGCUCGCCCAACGUGUGCGGCGUGAAACUAACAUGCGCCAACGUCGGCAAGCUCACUCGCAUCAUGGCCCAGAUCAACCACGCGCAGUUCCAAGCUGCAUACCCUCGCAAGCAUCCCAUCAUUCCAUUCCGCGCAAUCGACGGGUUUAUUGACUUUCUGCUGCCGUCGAUUUCGGUUGGCUCGUCUGGCGCGAUUAGCGGGCUGCCGAAUAUUGCUCCAAAAGCAUGCGUCAGGCUGUGGGAGCUGUGCCAGUCCCUCGACGACCCGAACCAGUAUCAGGAGGCACAGAAGCUGCAGAACACCGUCGCGCUGGCCGAUGGACUCGCACUGAAAAUCGGAAUUGCCGGAAUGAAAAAGCUGCUCAAUCGCCAUUUUGGAUACGGCGAUAAACCACGCCGGCCACUGCUGCCCAUGGCCGACGACAAGGCGCAGGCGGUCUUUGAGGAUCCGUUUCUGACGGCGUUGCUGGAGGCAAGCCGAGGCUCCCCGCCGGUCGUCCGCCGUGACUUCCUCCUCAUCUCCAACAACAUCAACAACAACAAGAUGCCGCGAGAAACAGCUGCCCCCAAGGGCAGAAUCUACAAGUCUCGCAAGACGCGGCCCUGCGAUGCCUGUCGUCGACGCAAGGUGGCCUGCGAUAUGCCCGCAGGCCCGCCCUGCAGACGCUGCAUGCACAUGGAUAAAGCCUGCACCUUCGACGAAGGCCCCAGCCAGAGGAAACGACGCGCACCCAACACCAAUGCCAAUACGCAUGCCCAUUCAAGCGCCCAUUCGAAUUCAGACGAGGGCUCGCCGUUUGGAGUCUUCCCGGAGCGCGUCGGCGAUGGCGACGAUACCGAUGACGCCUGCCACUAUCUGUCAAUUUUCGACCCGACACGAAACACCAGUGAACAGACAAACUCGUCUUUUGCAAACGGCAUCUUGCUAGAUCCAAUGUCCCCUCUUCAAACCACAGCCAUAGCCACAAACCAUGCCCAUCCGACGCACCAGGCGUCGCUGGAAUUCAUCCCAGACGCAUUCAGUUUCUACAUCGGCCCAACCGGGGUGUCAGACAUACACCUCCUCAGCCAGCAGCAGUACGACGAGCAGAAUAUAUCGCGGCCCAAGGUGAGAGGGCUGAAAUAUCGAGUGCUAGGUGGAGAAAACGCCACUGAUUGCCAUUCCACCAUAUUCGGCAUCACCGACCGCUCCCUCCUCGACAAGGCAGAACCAAAGGUCGACUAUCAAACAAACGAGUCGGCCUGGUCUGAACUAUGGCAGAUCCUCGACCCGGUUGGUGCCUGGCAUCUGAUCGGUCUGUAUAGCCGAUUUGUCGAUCCUUAUUUUCCGAUUGUGUCACGACACCAGAUCCCAAAUACACCGGAUUUGCUCAGUAAUAUGUCUCUAGGCCUAUUAACGGCAAUGUGUGCGACUGCACUACCGUUUAUUAUGUACAACAAGGCACUAUAUACGCUGCUCCUGCGGCCGCCCUCAAGCCAGGAUCUCUAUCGUCUAGCCUGGCUAGGCAUCACGGCCGAACUGCAUGCACCAUCGUUAACUACACUACAAGCAUGUCUCAUUCUUCAGCAACGACUCCCCACUAAUCUAUACUUGUCUGACACCGCAUUCACCUGGACUCUGAUGUCGACAGCUGUAGCAACUGCACAGACGAUUGGACUACAUCGAGAUCCGUCCGCGUGGCUGUCAGUGCCCAUGUGGGAACGGCAACUUCGCCGUCGGCUGUGGUGGGCGUUGUGGGCGAUGGAAAAAUGGAUUGCGCUCGCACGUGGCAUGCCCAGUCAUCUGCACGAUGACGAUUCCGACGUCGCGCCCAUCAGCAUAGCCGAUAUCAAAAACACGCUCUCAGUGGACUGCGACAACUACGCGCAUCUGUGUCAUUUGGUCAUGUUAACGGGCAUCCUUUCUGACAUUCAACAUACAUAUUACACUGUUCGCGCUAUUAGCCGGACAUCGUCAGACCUGCAGUACGCUCUCGAAGCCGCACGGCCACUUCGGGCCCGAUUGAAGGAGUGGCGCGAUCAUGUCCCAGACGCACUGCGCUUUCGAGGUGGCGGCUCGCAGUCACAAUCCUCGCAGUACGGAGAAAACCUAGACGGAAACGGCGCGUUGCAUUUGUCGUAUAUCGUAGUGCACAUGACGCUCGUCCGUGCUCUUCUCCGGCCGUUGAACACAGAUCAAGCGGGUGCCAUUAACGACGGCGCCAAGGCUGUGGUUCGCGGGGCUCUGCUGUGUGUGAAGGAGUUUGUCGAGUUCAUCGAAACGUUGACCGAGACGCAGUGGAAUGCAUUCUGGCACAGCUGGAGCCGACCUAACUUUGCCAUCGCGGGCUCGUUCAUGGUGCACGUUCUACACAUCAUAGCUCCCCCGGACGCGGCGCGCCAGGCCGAGUUGGAAGCAGCUGGCAUUUCGCCGCUCUGGACGACGACCUUGGACGACGACUACCGCGACCUACUGGUCUGGAUCCGCCGCUGGCGACGGGCCAACCGGGUUUCUGCGAAUGGGGCGGCGGGCGUCAAGGGGCUGACCAACCUCGGGCUGAUGAAGGUUGAGACGCAAUUGGAGUCGAGUCGAUUUGAAUCUGACACUUCGACUAAUAAUAACAAGAAGAAUAGUACCAAGAAGAAUCUGGAGAAGUGCAUGAGACUGGAAGCACACAGAUUAUAG